GUGACGGAAGCCGAAUUGGCCCAUAAACAGUGUGAGAGCUGAACAUGGCGUCUGCAGAGGAACGCGUCCAAACAGCAGAUGCCGAAGCUCCGCCGCUGAAACUGUCAGAUUUGUUAGAUUCAGGAUGGAAAUUAUAUGAAGAGUUAGAGAAGAGCAACGAGCCGACAAACUCCGACUCUGUACAGAUUAAAAUAAAACGCGGAAUUAAACAGCUGGAGGAGGCGACGAGGAUGGUGUCACAGCUCGACCUGUUCAGCCGUAACGAGGAGCUGGAUGAGAUCUCCACAGCGGAUCUGAAGUUCCUGUUGUUACCUGCGCUGCUGGCUGCGUUGGUGAUGAAGCAGGUGGGCGUGGCUCAGCGGUUGGAGCGUGUGCAGACGGCACGUUCUCACUUCCUGGACUUCCUCAGGCGCUGUAAAGAUUACAACAUCAGCUCGUUCCACAUGCCCCGAGACGCCCAGGACGCGGAGGGGACGUCCUCAGGGGCGGAGAGUGACACACCGAGCCCCGCCCACCAUGCCCAGCCUGACCUCAUCACCAUGGCAACACAGAGACAAGCCAAAAUCGAGAGGUAUAAGCAGCAGAAGCAGAUGGAGCAGAAGCUGGCUGAGCUCAGAGCGCUGGUGGAUGGAGGUUCGGUGGAUGAGGAGGUGAUGAGGGAGUUUUACCUGUUACAGGUGCGCAGGUGGAUCACGCUCGCUCUGGAGGAAAUCGAGUCCAUUGACCAGGAAGUCCAGAUCCUCAGGAGGAUGCCUGCUCUCAGUCAGGCUCCAGCUCAGAAACCGAGACGAGCACCGAUGAAGCCCUUCAUCCUCACUAAAGACGCAGUGCAGGCCAGGGUGUUUGGUGCAGGGUAUCCCAGUCUUCCCACCAUGACAGUAGACGACUGGUAUGAACAGCACAGAAGGAGAGGAUGUUUACCGGACCAGGGCAUCCCUCAGAGCACAGUGGACGUGGAUGCAGAGGAGCGAGAGAAGGAAGAAAAGGAGAGGAAAGAGGAAGAGGAUGAUGAAGAGGCUUUACAGAAGGCCAGAGACUGGGACAACUGGAAAGACACACACCGUCGAGGAUACGGCAACCGCCAGAACAUGGGCUAGAAGUACACACACAAACACACACACACCCACACACACACACAGUAGAGACACUUCCUCCAAGUCACUUACACACACUCACCUGACUCUGAAAUAAACGUUUUCAGUUGA